AAACGCCCGUUUGGCUGUGCGUCGAGCGGCGUGCAAGAAGCAACACACGCGUUUCGUGCGUGCGACCCGUGGUAGCGAGGUCUGUACGUUUGUGUCGUGAAUUGUAGUUAUGGUCCGAAAAUUGAAGUUUCACGAGCGAAAGCUCUUGAAAAAGGUUGAUUUCAUAUCAUGGGAAGUCGACAACAACCUACACGAGGUCAAGGUGAUGAGGAAAUACUUCAUACAGAAGCGAGAGGACUACACGAAGUACAACAAGCUCUCGAGGGCCAUCCGUGAUUUGGCGAGAAAAAUUAAGGAGCUUGACCCAAAGAGCCCGUUUCGUGCGAAAGCCACCUCUGAUUUGCUGAAUAAGUUGCACAGUCUUGGCCUGAUCGCAAUCAAGGAGAACCUGGAGAUCUGCGACAAGGUCUCCGCUUCGUCCUUCUGCAGGAGGAGACUUCCAGUGAUCAUGGUCAGGAAUCAGAUGGCCCAACAAAUCAAGAUGGCGACCCAGUUUGUGGAGCAGGGACAUGUGCGCAUCGGCCCGGACCUGGUCACCGACCCGGCGUUCCUGGUGUCGAGGCAGCUGGAGGACUUCGUCACCUGGGCAGACUCGUCCGCCAUCAGGAAACACGUAGCCGAGUACAACGACAUGAGGGACGAUUACGACCUGCUCUGAGUUGUCCUAACGGUGAAGUGGAGCCUUACAUAGUGUGCAUGCACGGAAGCGCUGCUCGGCGUGCACCUCCCCUGCCACACGACCGUGUCACAAGGGCAUUCCGAUGGACGCGAUAAGGCAGGUUCGACGUUUCUCAAACUGCAGAGGCCCCCUGAAAGGACCGUGUGUACUUUCAUCAGCAUGUACAUAUCAAAUAAAGAACGGAGCCAUGUGUUUUGCUUGUGA